AGCGCGGCGGUUGGGGCUCCGUCCGGUGAUGAAUCGAUAAUCGCGGGAGCCGGAGCGGGAGCGGCUCUCAUCCCUCCCCCCCUGCUGCUGCUGCUGCUCCUCUCUCCGCUCUCAUCACUCCCGCCGCCCGCCAGUCUCGGGCCCCCCGUCUCCCCUCGCCUCUCCCCGGGGGGCACUCAGGGAGAGCUCCACAGCAGACUGGACCACACCGCAGGAGCCGCGGCGAACGAGGACCAAGGAGAGCAGAGGCAGCGCCCAAGCACCGAACAAUGGACUCGCUCCGCCGGAGAUCCCCCCUGCGUUUGUGCGACUUGGGCUCGCCCGGGCAUGCCCUGGGCACUCAGAUCGGACUGGAGCCACGGCGGCCCUUCGGCUCCACUCCCACGACGCACUGCGACUAUGACGUCGGCAUGGGCAGGCGCAGCCGCCCCGGCGACACCGCGCUGGGGGCCCCCUUCACGACGGGCCCCGCCUCCGCGACGGGACCCACCUCCGCACCGGGGCUCUCCGACUCCGCUCCGUACGACACCUCGCCCGUGAGGCUCCGCCGCACCUCGCCCGCGAGGACCUUCGUGUCGGGGCCCGCCUCCUCCACGGGCCUCCGCGACGGCCCCUCGCCCGCGAGGCCCGGCCCCCCUUCGGGGCUGAGCGAGACCCCCCCGCUCAAGGUGGCGCGGAGCUCCGUGGGGGGGUAUCCCUCGACCCCGCCGACGCUCCCCGCCGCGGAGUCGGGCCCCGUCGCGGAGGAGGGCGGAUCCGCCUUGGAGGUGUGGGCCCUGCGGGGGUCGCUGACCCAGAGCGAGCGGCGGCGGGGCCUGCUGGCGGACAGCCUACGGGAGGCUUGCGGGGCCCUCGCCGAGCAGGCGAGCCGCCUGCAGCGGCGGCAGGCCGAGCUCACGGACAGCCGCGCCACCGUGGAGGAGCUCACCGUGCGGCAGAAGUACCUGGAGAGCAGCAUCGCGGCGCUGGAGAGGGAGCGCAAGCAGUUGGGCGCGGGCGCCGGCACGCACCAGCGAGGCCUACAGGAGAGGGUGCGGCGCCUGGAGGAGCAGAUAUCGGACGCGCGGUCGUCGUUGGACGAGGUUGCCACGGAGACGAGGCGGCGGCGCUCGCUGGAGAGGGUGCGUCUCGACGCGCAGGCGCUGGCGCGGGCCCGCACGGGCCCCUGGCCGGGCGCCAGCCCCUCCCGCUGCUCCGUCGGCCCCCUGCUAAGCGCCAGCGGAGCCGUCACCCCGCUCGGCUGCCCCCACGGCUGCUCCAGCGCCGGCGUGGCGAGCCCCCCUCACCUGGCGAGCGGGCUGGCGAGCGGGCUGGCGAGCGGGCUGGCGAGCGGGCGACUGGCGGAGGACGCGUGGGUGAGGAGGACUCUGAUGACGCAGCUGGACGAGCUCAAGGGCGAGCGGCAAACGUCGGCGCGGGAGAAGGAGCAGCUGUCGUCGCGAGUUCGCGCGCUGGAGGAGGCGUCCGCAGGGCUGCAGACGCGGGUUGGGGCGGCCGAGGGAGAGAGGGACCGACUGAAGCAGGAGAGGGACGAGCUGAGCAAGCGAGCCGAGACGCUGGCGCACGACGCGGAGUCGGGGGCGCGGCAAAAGUCCGGGCUGGAGGCAGAGCUGGCGGAGAAGGCCGCGGAGCUGGCGAGGGUGAAAGGUCGCGCGGAGCGAGUGGAGGAGGAGAGGGCCCGCGCCGUGGAGGAGCUGCGAGCACUGCAGACGGUCCGCGAGCGCCAGUCCGCGGAGGUGUCGGACCUGCGCCAGAAGCUGGAGACGGAACGGGAGCGGCUGCUGCGGCACGAGGCGGAGGGGCGGCUGGCGGGGGCGCGCGCCGGUGCGCUGCAGGGCGAGCGGGACCGGCUGCUGGCCGAGAAAGAGCUUGCCGAGAGGGAGCGGCGCCAGCUGCAGGGCCAGCUGGAUGCGCUGCGCGACGCGCACGAGAGCACGAGGACGGCGCUCGCGGAGUCGCAGGCACGCUGCUCCGAGCUGGAGUCGCGCGUGCACGAGCGAGCGGAGGGACAGGCGGUGACGCCGUCGGCGUCAGCGUCGCCAUCGCCGUCACGCCUCGGUAGAACCCAAGACCUGGACGGCGGUGAUGCGGAGGCAGCGAUGGAGGCGGAGUGGCGUGCGCGGUGCGAGGAGGCCAACAUCGUGGUGGAGACCAGGGAGGCCGAGCUGCAGCUGGCAACGAUGCAGGUGCGGGAGCUGGAGGAGGAGUGUCGCAGGCUGCGAAGUCAGGCGCAGGAGCACAGAGACGCGCAGCCACACCUGGGCAGCGCAAGCGCCGGUGACACCGGGGAGGAGGUGGAGUCGCUGCGGCGCCGACUCGGCGAGAACCAGGAGCUGCAGCAGCAGCAGGAGAAACUCAUCGCCACUCUGAGAGAGGAGCUGGAGGAAGCGAUGAUGAAACGGCCGCAUGAAAUUCGGCAUUCUCUAGACGAGCUGGACGGGGAGCUGAGCGUCGUCCGUGCGGAGAUGGAGCGCGUGUGGGACGAGCUGCGGAGCCGCGAUGCUGCCCUGGAGGACCAGCAGCUGGAGCUGACCUCCACGCGCGCCCAGCUGGCGGGCUGCAGUGCGGAGAGACGAGGCCUGGAGCAAGAGGUCGCGACCUUACGGAGGGAGCUCGCUCACAAGGAGGAGACGUGUGGCAGCAGGGAGCGGGCGCUGGCAGCUGAGAAGACCCAGCUGACGGUGAAGCUCACGGCGCUGGAGAUGAAGGUGUCGGAGAGGGAGAUGCUGGAGGAGAGCCGGGCGCGCUCGGGCUCCACGCUCUCGGAGAAGCUGGAGAGCCUUGAGCGCGAGAACCGGGAGUUCCGCCAGCGCCACAACAAGGCCCGGGCCCAGGCCGAGGAUCUGGCGGCCAAAGUGCAGGAUCUGUCGCGGCUGAACCUGGCACUGCAGGAGGAGCGCGACCACGCGCAGCGGGAGCUGCGGCAAAUCUGCAGCGGCUUCCAGGACCUGCGGGACUCCACGGAAAUUCAGAAGCUGCGCGUGCGGGAGUUGGAGGGAGUCACCCGGCAUCUGCAGAAGGACGACCAACUCAAAACCACCCAGCUGACGGCGUUGGUGAUCGAGCUGCAGGAGCUGCGCAAGGCCUACCAGACGGUGUCGGGCGCGGAGCCGAGCGGCGGGGACCCCUCGCACGCUGACUGGGUGUCACGCUCGCGCAUCAUCCGGAACGCGAUCGAGGCCAUCGAGGGGCAGGCGGGACGCGUGCGAGUGCUGGAGGAGGAGUUGCGGGCCGUGCGGGCCACGCCGGGGUUUGAGAGCCUGGAGGCCGAGCUCCAGCAGCUGAGGAAGGAGGCACAAGCAAACUCCAACAAGGUGACGGCCUUGGUGAUCGAGCUGAAGCUGCUGAAGGAGAAAAACAAGAAGCUCAUGAGAGACAAAAUCCAUCUGGAGCAGAGGUUGGAGGAUGGCGGCCUGUCGCACGACUUGUCGCCCGACCUGUCAUACGACCUCUCGCAUGGGGGGAGGGGCAAGCAGGCGUGGGGCUCCACGCUCGCCGCCGAGGCGGGCGAACGCCCGUCCCAGCCGACGCAACUCCGCCCCGCCGCAGGGCCCGCCGCGACGUCGCCUCGCGAGGAGCGGCCCUCGCCGCUCCCCACGUCGGCGUCGUCGUCGCCGCGCACGGCGGUGGGGUCGGUGGGGUCGCAGGGGUCGCAGGAGUCACAGGGGGGGCGCUCCGGGGGGACCCCGCAGCCGAUCGGACGCCCCCGCCACUCGAGCUUGUCCCCCGUCCGCCGCGCGGAGAAGGCGACGCGCGGUCACCGCGCGUGGCCUCGCCGCUCGCCCCUGUCUCACGAGGACUCAACGGAGGGGUCCCAUCGAGAGGACCUCGUGGCCGGUAGGAGAAGCGAUGGGGAGGAGGGUGAAGAUGAUGUUGGCGAUGAUGAUGAUGGUGAUGAGGAGGAUGCAGGCGGAGGUGCGAUGUACAACACUGGGGAGUUUGGUCAGCUGCGCUCCACCCCGCUCCCUGGCUGGGGUUCCCGAGCUCCCGGCGUUCCGGUCGCUAUCGCCCCUGGCAGGGGCCCCUGUGUCACCCCCUGAGGCCUGCGACCAGGCCGGCCGGACCGGAGCAGGUGUCUCCCAGGAGCAGUGAGAUGGGUGCUAAAUAAAGAAAAAUGGGCUUAAGUAAAGAUCGUUCAAUGGGGGUGUGUGAAAUGCUGCUGAUGUGUUGUUUUCUGUUGAUGUUGUUUGUUCACCAUCGUCUUGUCCACGAGGGCGAGUUGGGUUAGAGAUGUUGUAGCCCUGGACCUCGCUCUCAUCUAAUCCCAGCAUAGCCAUCGGGGGAAUGUGGUCUCCUGCACAAUGAGGACGUGGGUACCAUGAGAGAGAGAGCUCCGACACAAUGAGGACCUGGGACCAGUGUUAGGACUCCGCCUUAAACAACAGGAUGGUUCGGUCCCAUAGCGGAGACCCACACAAUUGUGCACAGUGAGAAAUCUCCAAACCGAGGACCUCCCAGUAAAUGUGGGACGUCGGUCCAACAUUUGGUCCCGACAGUACCGACAACAUGCCGAAGGUUGGCCCAACGGCGCAUGUUUACUGGGGCCGGUGGCUUGGAGACAGAUCGACGCGGCUGAGGCCCCGAGCGCCAAGAGAGAGGUGUUCACGGUGAGGGAUGGGUGUUCAUGGUGAGGGAUGGGUGUUCACGGUGAGGGAUGGGUGUUCACGGUGAGGGAUGGGUGUUCAUGGUGAGGGAUGGGUGUUCACAGUGAGGGAUGGGUGUUCACAGUGAGGGAUGGGUGGUCACGGUGAGGGAUGGGUGUUCACGGUGAGGGAUGGGUGGUCACGGUGAGGGAUGGGUGUUCACGGUGAGGGAUGGGUGUUCACAGUGAGGGAUGGGUGUUCACGGUGAGGGAUGGGUGGUCACGGUGAGGGAUGGGUGUUCACGGUGAGGGAUGGGUGGUCACGGUGAGGGAUGGGUGGUCACGGUGAGGGAUGGGUGUUCACGGUGAGGGAUGGAUGUUCACAGUGAGGGAUGGGUGUUCACGGUGAGGGAUGGGUGUUCAUGGUGAGGGAUGGGUGUUCACGGUGAGGGAUGGGUGUUCACGGUGAGGGAUGGAUGUUCACAGUGAGGGAUGGGUGUUCACGGUGAGGGAUGGGUGUUCAUGGUGAGGGAUGGGUGUUCACGGUGAGGGAUAGGUGUUCACGAUGAGGGAUGGGUGUUCAUGGUGAGAGAUGGGUGUUCACGGUGAGGGAUGGGUGUUCACAGUGAGGGAUGGGUGUUCACAGUGAGGGAUGGGUGUUCAUGGUGAGGGAUGGGUGUUCACGGUGAGGGAUGGGUGUGCAUGGUGAGGGAUGGGUGUUCAUGGUGAGGGAUGGGUGUUCACGGUGAGGGAUGGGUGUUCACGGUGAGGGAUGGGUGGUCGCGUCGCGUCGCACAAUUGACGGCACAGGGUGCCCCUUAGCUCCCGAUGUGAAUGGAGGCGAAGGGGAAUCACCCGGCCCUGGUCCCCAGGCCUCCCCGCACGAGUGGAGCGAGUCGGAGGGGAGCGAGUGCGAGCCCAGGGGUUGCUGUGUUGCACCGUUUGGGAUGUUGUGUGCCACAAAUAUCUCGUCAGUUUAUAUGUACGCUAUUGUGAUUUUUUUUAUAAAUGUUUUUUUGUAUGUAAUGUUAUUACAACUAGCAAUGAUUAUAGAAUUUGCACUCUUAAAUAACAUCCAUGCGUGAUUAAUAAUUAUAAAAUGUUUUGAGUAAAAAAAUCUUAUUUUUGUUUGAAGUGAAUAAAGGUUUUAUUUUA